AUGGCUGCAGCCACAGCUUCCCUAUUCUCAUUCCCCACUUCGGGAAAUGCACUCACAAACCUCAAAGUAAAGAGCUAUGACAACGAUCCAGCGCUCCCGCCACCCAGAAAGGCUGCUCGCCGCGAUUCCGGCUCGUCACCCCGCAAGCCUCGGUCAUCCACCACGGGCUCUGGUCGCAUCUUCUUCAUCCCUAUCGACCUAACACUCCGAAAAGCUCCCCAAGCGUCAUCCCAAACAUCCCUCAUGACCCUCGUUGAAAAGUUUAUACGGUCUUCACUUUUGCCAGACGGAGGAAUACCAAUUGAAACAUCUUUCCAAGGGGUAUUCGAUGCGUGCAAAGUACUUGUCCUCCAGUCGAAUCAGGGACACGCUCUGGAAAGAAUUUUGGACGUCAGUCUGAAGAACUGUUCAGUGGCAAUUAUGAAAGAGUUAAAGAGUUCCGAUAUCCCUCUUCCCGCAUGGAUGACCAAGCUCAACGAUCGAUGGUCGUGGUGGCUUCGUCGCAUCAGAGUAUUGCGUUCUGCUCUUGUCUACCUGGAUGUCGCCUACCUGGCAACAAAUGAGGACAAGUUGACCAUUCAGGAUGCUGCAUUUCAUCGUUUUGAAGACACCGUAGUCGCAAGCACGACAGUCACGCUCAAGUUGGAAGCAGCCUUGAAACGAUGGUCUGAGCAGAGACGGGCGGGAGAGAAUACCGAAGACUAUGACGAUCAAUUAAGGCUGGUCGUGGAUUGCAUGAGUACCCUGGGCUGCUACGACGACCAGGUGCACCAACCAUACCUGCGAUUCACAUCCGACCACUAUACCAAAAAGAGUCAGAUGGCACCAGAGACAAACGCAAAGGAUUACCUGUUGAUGUGCAUCCAAGACAUCUCCGAUGAGGAGCGUCGAGGAGCAGAUAUCCUUCGUGAAGAAACGCGGCGUGACGCAAGUGUCACUGCGCUUUCCGGUCUUGCCAUGGAACAUAUGGAUUAUCUCGCAAAAGAUGGCCUUGCGGAGAUCAUUACCUCCCGAAAUAAGACACUGUUCCAUCAACUGUACAACUUGAUCGGACGCCUCACUUCCGUUUCGACGACUUGGAAGACUUCGCCAUCCGACGCAUUGCUUGCUCACUACAGAAAUGAUGUGUUUGAACGAGUGAAAGGAACCAUCCUUGACACUGCCAACGAGUCGUCAAUGGUUGAGAAUCUUUUGGAACUCAAGGAAUUUCUCGACGAAUGUCUAUCCGCAGACUAUAUUGACGAUGCACAACAAAAUGACCGCAAAUUUACCCAUGCGACCUCAGAGGCGUUCGAGCGGGGGUUUUCAACUAGAAAGAUUAAGCCGGCCGAGCUCAUUGCCAAACACGUCGAUUCACUUAUGCGGCGAGGUCAAAAGGCUGCCUCAGACCAAGAGUUUUUCGCCCAACUCAAACGUGAUGCCGUUUACUUACCGACUAUUCCAGACAAGGAUGUCUUUAGGGCGUUUUACACACGCGCGCUGGCCAAACGUUUAUUGCUAGGCCGUAGCGCAUCGGAUGAUUUCGAGAAGCAAGUCUUAGCUGAACUCUCUAAAUCUUAUGAUGCAGCAUUCUCGGAUAUGACACAAAUGUUCAACGACUUGGCAAUCUCCAAGGAUUUGAUGGAGACAUAUAGGAACACCAAAGACCAAGAACCCGCGCGACCCGACCCUUCGCUCACGGUAAUGGUACUCCAGCAUUCAGUAUGGCCAGUUAUCCGAAAAGUGUCAAAGUUGGAUGCGCCAGUUGAACUGCGACUUCCUUCACAGAUGGAACAUGCGCUCAACGACUUCAUAGCAUUUUACAAGACUCAGCACAGCAAUCGAAAGCUCACCUGGGCGCACUAUCUUGGCACGGCAACGCUGGUGGCACGCUUCCCGAGUGGCAAAAAAGAGUUAUCUGUCAGUUUGUAUCAGGCCGCUGUGCUCCUCUUAUUCAGUGAGCGUGAUGAUUGGUCCACGGAGGAAAUUCAUGGUCGUUUGGGCCUUGCUCUGCCGGAUCUGACGCCCACUUUGCAAUCGCUUGCACUCGGUCGCAAGCUCGUCCUGCGUCGUACACAACCUAGACAGGGAAAAGACGUCCGCAUGGAUGACCGGUUCUCGUUCAACGAAGACUUUACAGAUACCAAAGUGAAGCUACAUAUCAACACGAUUCAGCAAAAUGACACAAUGGAAGAGACGCAACAGGCAGUCAAAGUCAUUGACCAGUACCGCGAGGCGUCGCUCGAUGCGGCUAUUGUGCGUAUCAUGAAGGCUGCCAAGACGAUGAAGCACCAGCAACUGGUCAAUGAGACCAUUGACGCGGUGUCCAAGCACUUCCGACCCGAAGUCAAGGCAAUCAAAGAGCGAAUCGACAGUCUGAUCGAGCGCGAAUUUCUGCAACGCAAUGAAGAUACCGGCGGGAGCAAUAAAUUAAGAGAUACGUAUUCGUAUCUCGCCUGA